CUCUUCCCAUGAUUCUUCCUUCUGUCUUCGAUUGUAUCGAUCGCAUUCAAUCGGGUCCAUCUUCCUCAGUUGCUCGCUUCGCUCAUCGACUUCGCGUUUCCACUUGGAAGCAAGAAGAACCCAGAUACUGAAUUACUGAUAUUUGACAAAAGAAGAGUUGGGAUUACUUUAUUCUGGCAAUGGCUCAGUACGAUGAAUCCAUCAGGGGUCAGAUCCAAGCGCUUCUGCGGGUUAUGAAUUUAACUCGAUGUGUUAAUGAAGACAAGGUUCUGUGCAAAAUCGAAGAGGAUCUGUUCUUGGGAUCUGUUGGCGCUGCGAAUAACAAAGAUGAUCUUAAACGCCUUAAUGUGACGCACAUAUUAACCGUGGCUAGUACGUUGAAACCUGCAUAUCCAGACGAUUUCGUGUAUAAAGUCAUUGCAGUCGGGGAUAGGGAAGACACAAACAUAAGAGAACACUUUGAUGAGUGCUUUGAAUUUAUUGACGAAGCCAAGAGAUUGGGUGGAGGUGUGCUGGUUCAUUGCUUCGUUGGGAAAUCCAGAAGUGUUACAAUCGUUGUUGCUUAUCUCAUGAAAAAGCAUGGCAUGAGCCUUUCUCAAGCUUUGGAACAUGUGAAGAGCAGACGGCGACAAGCAUCUCCUAAUUCUGGUUUCAUUUCACAACUGCAGGAGUAUGAGAAAUUUCUGCAAGUUUUGGCACUUACUUGAAAGUCAUAUGCAGAUUCAUGACAAAAGGUGUAUGAGCAAGCACAUAGAGGUGAGGAGAAUGGGAUGAAUACAGAGACAUUUCUGCGCAGUCUUGCCGCACCUAUCCUGCAAUUUGUUUUGGUAUUGAACUUCAUAUCAAAUAAGCAUCUUGUAAAUAGAGAACUUGAAAUGCAGAUCACAUUAGUGUGAAUAUUAAAGAUACUGGUAGAAGAGUUAAAUCAGGUUUAUGACAACGCCGAAGAAAAGUAGGCUGGAAAGAUCAAUUUUUUUUGCUUUUAGGUGUAAUGCAGGGGAACUCUUGAAAGAUCGUCGAACUAAGAAGCUUGAAUCUGUCCUGACAGUCGAUUUCUGCAUGAUCCACCUUUAAGGUUACUUUUUUUAUUUUGCCAAUUUGUGAAGGACAAGGUAUUCGCGAAAUAUGUAAGUUAUACUCUUGAUAGUCUCUAGCCUGAAUUGAGACUGCAAAUUUCAGGCCUU